UAUAUUUUCCAAAGCCCGCAACAAUUGCAUAAUUUUCAUUUGCCGGAGCAUUUUUUUCAGUUUUUUCGGUGCAAAAACGACAUAAAAUUACGCAAAAAUGACAACAUUGGGCGACGGUAAAAAGUGCGGAGGCAUUUGCGGCAAACUCGGCUUGAAACCCGUAACAAAGAACAACAUUUUGUACUAUUAUUUUCCCUUGCAAUCACUCGUCUCAUAUUCUGCGUUGUCGAUGAAUGUUAUGAAUCCAUCGAUUGCCGUCAAAUUACUUCCCAAACGAGACCUCACAAACUUCUUGCUUAUCCACACAAUUGUCGGAUCAACACUCUACAUUUACUCCAGACCGCAUUUACAGAGUGCCGAGAACUCGAAAAAACUAGCUUACAGUCUUACUGGCGGAUGCCUUUUCAGUUUCGGAUCCGUAUUGAUUUGGGCUGUAUUGAAAAGCACUCUUCCGAAGGACCAAUCUUGUGUUGCUACAAUUGCUGGCUUGGCAAGCGGAGUUGCAAUUGUUAAAAUGGCUACUGAUUACUUCAAUCAUGUCGAUUCGACGGUUGCUAAAAAGUAAAAAAAAAAAUGGAAAAGAAUCCUGUUUUUUACACAAACCUCAUUAUAUUUUGAAUUCAACUCAAAAUUUUGUUUCGAGUAGAUUGUUAGUUGAUGGUUAGAAGAUUAUGAGACACCAUUAAAAUUGCAAUUUGUACACAUUUUUCGCAAUAAAAACUGAAAGUUACAAAAUUUCAUGUAUCACA